AGCAGCAGCAGCAACCGUACGUGAAUGGCACCGCAAGACGGAUGAGUGUGUGCGGGAUGCAGCCGCAACAUCGAGCGGGAUCCAGCGGGAACAGCUCGGCUUCCGACCACGAUGGUGACGAUGACGAUGACGACGGCCAUCGUCGCAGUGCGCUCGGUGGCGAUGGCAAGGUGAAUGCCGCGGGUGCAGAGAAGAAAAAAGUUCGCCAAACGAAGGCGGUCGAGCGGAAGCGGCGGAAAGUGCCUUCUUCCUCUUCGGCAACGACGACGGGCGCCGCCAGUGCGUUGCUUUCGUCGGCCGAGAAGCUAAGCUGUCGAAGUGUGGAAAGCUCUAGCGACGAGGAACACGGCCCCGGGGCUCGAUUGCGACCCGUGGCCACGGUGUCCCCGGCCGUAGCGAAACAAACGAGGCAGAGCGGGGCGAACAAAGUUGCCGAGCAGCAGCAACAACAGCAAAAGAAGGACUUCCGCAACCAAUCGCUGCGACAGAUGGAGCGCGAGCUGGCGGAUGACAGGCGUGCAAUGCAUUUAACGGACGAUGACGAUUCGAACGAUAGCGACGAGUUGAUGCACAUACGGCCGGGCGCAGGUGGACGGACGGGUGUGACAGCUGCCGGUGGUCUGACCACUGGUGGACGGGUGGGAACGGCCGGGGCAGAGUACGGUGGCACGGUCGGUGGAGUUGGGCGCUCGAAGAAAAUGCGAGACAUCUACUCCGACAGUGACAGUACGGAUCGUGACAAGACUGAUCACACGGCCAGCGAUUCCCAGCAGCAUCCGUCGGUCCGCACGAAAGCUGCCAUGAAGGAGUUCAAUCUGCUGCAGGAAGCGGAUCGGAUGAAGCAAAAGUUACCCAACAAAGCAACCGCUGCAUCACGUGUGUCGCACGCCAGCAACAACACGAGCACCACCAACAACUCGACGACGAGCAUGAUUCCUGGCGCUACACCUACUUCGGCGCUCCCUGGCAGUGCCGGAGCGACGGCGAAACCGUUCGUUGGAGAGCCGCACACAGGCAAACGCGGAGCAGCGGCCGGUGCUGCCGCGGAAGCUCCCCCCGCCAGAACGACCGGCAAAGGGUCCACCAAAGAAGGCUCGCAUACGAAAGGUGCUAAAAGGCAAUCACAGCAACAACUGGCGGCAGAAAAGCUUGCAGACGCCAGCAACAGCCAGAGCAAUAGUAAAUCGGGCGUUGCCGCUAGCAACCAGCAAAGUAGUGCGGGUAGUGGCUAUAAGAAAUCGGCCGCAGCGACGGCGACGGUAUCGCGAGACGAAUCGAAGAUGGAGUUCCUGGCCGACUUUAAGGUGGUGCCGCAGCGGGAGGCGGCCAAGAAGGCAGCCGAAAAUCUGAUGAAAACCAGUGGCACUACUCCGAUUAGUAGUUCGUCAAUGGCGGCCAUCGGUGCUCAAUCGCCGGUCGCAAGUAACGCUUUGCCUUCGCCUUCGGUCAGUGGCCGUAAGCAGCAGCAUGACAGGGACACGGCUGCCGGAACGCUCAGUGGCAGUAGUAGUAGCAGUACUGGUGGAACUACCAGUAGCAGCAGUAGUGUGGCCAGCAGUACGGCACCACCGGGUAGCGUGGGGUUGAAGACGGAUCACGAAGGUCAGCUCGUUGUGGAAAGUGGACCUCAGACGCAAUCAAAGAUCAGCACGAACGCUUCCAAUACAAGCAAUAGUCGAAACCGCAAGGAAAUGGAAGUAAGAACGAUCGCUGGGAAACGUUCCACCGGCAGCAGCAAUAACACCACGAGCAAGUCCACGGCGAAAGCUGCACCGGAAAGUGCGCCGCCCAAGGGUGCUGCGGAAGCUGUGCAGGUUGCAAGUGGCAAAUCCAAAGAGCGACGUCCUUCAACCAUUGUCGUCGAGAAAAGUGGCACGGCCCGUGAUCGCGCUGCGAGUACGACGACGCCGGUGAACAGAGAGCAGCGCAGCAAGGCCCUGGUGGAUCGUCUCCAUGACGACGCGGCAGGGGUUGCAGCGAUCAAGUCCGAAAAGGCGAAGGACGCGAAGCAAAAGCGCGAGAAUCAUCUGGAAGUGUUUGCGUACGUCCCACAGCGACAGGCGGCCAAGAAGGCAGCCGAACACAUCAAAAGCGGACUCGGCAAACCGACGACCGGUGAAUCGAUCGUCGGCACGGACGAGAAGCUGCCGGCGGUGCCUGUGGCAAAGGGUCCAACGCCUCCUAAGACAACCAGUGGAGGGUCGAAAAGUAAAGACGGUGAACGGAAGGCAUCGACACCGUCUAGCAGCUCGAGCUCGUCCGGCAGCAGUUCAUCGUCUUGCUCCAGUUCGAGCAGUUCCGGUUCGGACAGUGAGGAAGAAGACGACGAGGAGGAAGAGGACGCAACCACAACGCUCCCUUCGAAGAAGCCACCAUCGACGGCAGUCGGUAAUCGCGCGAAGGUGCCAGCGGCCGUGGCCACGGCCACGGCGAAAGCGGCCGCGGUCUCGCACUCUAAACCGCAGCAAGCGCAACGAGCGCAGACGAGGCAGGAAGUGUUGCCCUUUCUUGACAAGGGUCCAGCACGUUCCGCGUCCGAGUCUUCGAGCUCGUCCUCGUCGUCAUCCUCUUCCGGGUCCUCCUCGGACAGUGACAGCGAUUCGAGCAGUAGCAACGCAAGCAGCCAUGACUCUUCACCUCCAAAUGCUGCCACCAUCCGAGCAGUGGCUAAUAAACCGGCCAGCACUGCCGCUGCGCGUCGCCGGAAGUCGAUCUCAUCCAGCGCCUCCGCCAGCAAGCGUGAACCGAGUCCGAAGAAGUCUGUGGCGACCACCACACCACCGAGCGUUCCAGCAGCGGCCGCUGCCACUCGUAAGACAGCGACCGGACGAAAGUCUUCCACCGCUACCGAUGAAUCGCUCCACGUCCACGAAGACGGCACGAAAGAGUCGCCGGCCGGUGCCACUAAAGCUGCCGGUGUCGGAGGAAAGGUCGGUGCUAGUCGAGCCGUUUCCACUGCAACCAAAGCGGCCGCAGGCAAAGACAAACCACAAGGACCGCCCGUGGAUGGAAAACGUGGUGACAGCGUGGUUCUUGCUGGUGCUGACGCGGCUACGAGUACGACCGGAAGUAGACGGAACUCCUAUCAACCGGUCACUAGCAACGAUUCAGCACCACCACCACCACCACCAACGAUGCCCACCAAACGAGGUAGUCGUCGUCAAUCGGUGUUUGUCGGUGCAAGUGAACUAGAGGAGCACCGAAAGUUGUCUCUCGCUGUCGCACCCACCGUCACCGAUACUGCGGUAACGACGCGGGCCACAGGUGCGUCUAAAAAUGGACGUCGCAAAACGAGCGAAGUACUCGAGGAACCUCGUGAUGCCUCUGGCGAUCGUAUUCUGUCCGGUUCUCCGGCGAAAGAGAAUGAUUGUACGGCUCUUUGCACAGACCCGAUGGCCGAUGAACCACCAGUUGGAGCGUCCCACAAAGAAGGCGAAGUGAGCGGUGCGAUGAAACGGCCAAACACCGACGAACAGUGCUCAUCCCGCAAACGGCGCAGUCCGAAGGCGACGAAUCAAGCGGCAGAUGAGGAUGUUAACCGAGCAAAAGAUCAACCGAUGGACCAGGAGGCGGAAGAUAAGCUUCCGAUCGGUAAACCCGUACCCGCGAAGAGUUUGGAUGCCAUUUCGUUACUGACGGACGAAGACUCUAGCGCGGAGCACCGGAAACCGAAGAAACCGUCGGACGUAAAGCUGGAUUCGAAGGGUGACGGCAAGAUGAGCAAUUCGCUCGAAAAAUCGUCCCUUUCGGCGACGGCGGAUAUAUCUGCCGAUCUGAGUGUUGCCGGCAAAGCAAAGGGAUCGCGAGACGAUAGGAAAGACAUCGAAAUCAUCUCGUUGGUGGAAGAUUCCCGUUCGAACGAUGACGAUGUGGUGGUGAUCGAGGAUGUCAGUAACGAAGCACCGAAGAUCGAGGAGAAACCGAGCGAUCUGCUCCCGCCGUCCCAGCCUGCUAAGGUAGACUGCGAAACGAAGGAACUAUCGGCGAAGAUUGACGAUGGGAACGCGACGGUGGAGGACAAACUGGCAGGCAGAGUGCCGAUCAAAAGUGCACCACCGAUGGUGGACGAGGCAGUGGACCGAAAGAAACCGAGUGCUGGUGCACCGUUUACGGAGACGACCGGCUGUGGAGCGUUUCCUUCCGUCAACAGUGGAUCGAAGGAGGACCAUACCAAUCACCAUACUGCCAUCGGUGCCGGUGGCCUGUCGCUGAUGAACAGCACCACCGACGGAGGAACUCCCUCGAUCUUCGAUCUACUGUUGCCGCAGGAUAGCACCGUGACGGACGAUACGUUCGAGCUGAACCAAACGCUCAACUUCCCGUUCAUGGAGGACUGCAAGGAGGACACGCAACGCGAAACGCUCAACUUGGUCGAGAAGCUGCGCCAGAAGUAUAAAAAACAUCACCAGGGCGGUGUCACCAACGCCACCGGGCCAGCUUCCUCGUACGAUCAGCAGAAGCAGUCGGAUGAGGACACAAAGAAACGCACCGACAUGACUGUGCUGGCCGACGAUUUAGGCGCUACACCCGCCACUGCCGAGCUGUCACUGGCGCCUUUUGGUGCCAUCGAGCGUCCCAAGGAUGACUUGGUGGUGGCAACGGACACAACGGACACGGCAUCGCUGCUCGCCACGAAAGGUCUCGACUUCUUUGGAAAAUCGUCGUUCAAUGUGUCGUCGUCGGUUGCCGGUCCAAUGGGGCAAUCAUCGUCACAGCAAUCGUCGCAGCAACCACAGCAACAACCAUUGCUUGGAUCGCAGCAACCAUCGUCGCUGCACGAUACGGGUGACAAAAAGAGUGCCAAGGAUGAUCACCUGGAUCACCUCACUCUGAGACCGUCCGACGAGCGAUGGGUACCACCGUCGGCCAUGCUAUCCACGCUUCCCAUCGUUGCUCCAUCGCCUACCACGCCUACCAGCACUACGACGGCCCUGUCCGCUGUGCAGCAAUCACCGCUCGCUCCGCCACCUUCGACCGUUCUCGGUAGCAGUACGGUUCCGAGUCACCAGCUGGCUCAGAACUGCAUGGAAGCCGCCCGGCUACUCAACAGCCAGACCGGCGGCGGGGUCAACAACAACACCAGCAACAUCAACAACAACAACAAUAACAAUACUGCACUGAGCAACAACGAAAAGGCCCAUUCGGCCGCGGCUGUUGCUUCCACCGUGAGUCUGUUCGAUAACAGCGCCGCGAUGACGAACCAUCUGCAGCAUCCUGCGCAACAGCAACACCACCCACUUCAGCUCGGCAGCGAGAUGAACCAUCACCACCAUCACCUGCAGAACUCACUCGCGGCGCGGCUCGACUUUAUGCAGGGAAUGCACAACAAGGUCGGUGUUCCAAACCAGACCGAACCUACCUCAAUGCUGUUGUUUGAUAGUCUACAGCAGCAGCAGCAGCCGCCUCCAGCACCGCCGCCGCCACCGUCAGGCCGGCGUUGGAAUCAAAACAAUACCACCAACAAUAAUGCGGUCGAUGGCGCUGGGCUGGGCAGUUCGAUCGAGCAUCAGAAGAAGCAGCACGAGUGUGCGGUGAUGCAGGAGAAAGAAAACAUGCUUCUCCAGAAGGUGGCUCAACAGCAGCAGCAGCAGCAUCGUAACAAGCUGAACGAUCUCAACAGCUUCAUGGACAUCCAGAACACACCGUCGAUAGCCGCUCCGCCUUCCUCGCUGGUGGGUCAGCAGAAUAAUGCGGUACCCAACAGCACCACCGCGAACAGCAACAACAACAGUGCAAUGCAACAACCGUACGGUUACUCGAAUGAGCCCCUCGCGGGACAUCCGCAGCAACAGCAACAACAGCAGCAAUAUCCGUCCGCGGUAUCACUGUUUCCUCCGACGAGCGUCCCCGUACCAUUCCCCUCACCGGGAGCCGGGCUGUAUCCACCGAACUUUGCCAACAGUUACCAGCAACCUAGCAAUCCACAGCAAACGCCUACUACGCAACAGCCAGGAGCCGGAGGCAAGCAUCCUUCGCACCAUCCACUGCAACCUUCCAUCGGUGGGUUGGGUAUGACGAUGGCGCCGCAUCAUAACGCCAUGUCCAUGUCGGCGGCCGAUGCCAUGGUUUCGCCUCAUCGUAACCAACAGAAGCAGAUGCAGCAGCAGCAGCAGCAGCAGCAGCAGGUAGUCGACCAGAUGCCCUCGCCAAUGGCUACUAUGACCGUUUCUCCGAACAAACAGAGCCGUCCGCCGACGACGCCGGAUCAACAGCAGAACAACUAUCUGCUGAACAGUGGCGUACCGUCGGGUGGAACCAGCAGUGGUGGCAGUACACCGCGGACACCGCAACACCGUCGCACUCCUCAGCAGCAGCACAACCAACUGCAACCGCUACCGGACGCGAUGGGCGGCAUGCUAGGAGGGGAUGCUGGCGGUGCGACCGUGCUACACGCCACGUCGAAGAAGAGUCCCGCGAAAUCGUCCCGUUCUUCGUCCCGUAUUCAAAACCAGCAACAACAGCAACAGCAACAACAGCAUCACAGCAUGCUCCUGAACGACAGUAACGGGGCGGCCACCCAGCAGCAACAACACCAUCAUCACCUAAAGUCUCCCCCGACCCCGGUCCCGACUCCGGCCGUUGGCUCAAAGUCGAUCAGCCCGGGUAAAAGCCCCAAAACGACGGCCGUCUCCGUGUACGAUAUGCAGAAGGGACUCGGAGGUGGCGCCGGUCUGCUGGGGUCCCAUUCGGGCCACGGGAAAACGUCGAAAGCUACGGCGAACGCAGAUUUGUCGACGAACGUUAAAGUGCCACGUACCCGUGCCCCACGUGGCCGCGGAAGGGGAGCGGGCAGAGGGCAAAAUGCGGCCGGUGCCGGACACGGAAUUCACGGUGCUGGCGGUGCCGGAGGGGGUCGCGGUGGUGUCGGUGGAAGACACCACCAUCAGCAGCCGCAUCAUCCGCAGCAGCACGGCCACGGUGCCACGGGUUAUCAUCUGCCCCAGCAGAUGGGAGCGGCCAAUGAUUUCGGGAGCUUCGGCAUCGUCAGUAAGAUCAUUGGCACCGUGUACGAUCUGGACUUUGACGACGUUAUGGACUGCGGGAAGCUGCGCGAUAUGCGCGAUCGACGCCGAUCGCCCGAGAAUCGCUCAAUGGCCGACGCUGGCAGUGGGAACGCAGGCACGGUGGGAGGUGGUUCCGUGGCCAGUGCCGGCAGUGGCUCUGGUGGGUUGGUUGGACAUGCGAAAGCGAAUCGUAGUUCUGCUUCCGGUGGUGCCGCAGCAGGUGCUGGUACGGGCGGGGGCUAUUCGUCAGCUGGAGCUGGCGGUCUAGUCGGUGGACCGGCUAGCACGAUACCGGACAUGGCCGUACUGCCGGGUCCGGUCGAUAUGCGCACGUACAGCAACUUCGAGUCGUCCACCAAUACCGAGGCGUACAACAGCCAGCUGUUGGGUGUGUUUGCGAGCGGCACGGCCGAUCAAACGCUGGCCGACAUUGACGAGGACAUGGAGAACGAGCUACAAUCGGCGCUGAAGGCUGACAGCAACAAUCGGUCGACGGCAGCGGCGGCUGCCGCAGCAGCUGCUGCGGCCGCGUCGUCACAGGCCGUGGGAGGUGUCUCCACGGCGAGUUCCAUGCUCGCCGGAGUCACACAUACCGGUUCAGCUUCGGUAACGGACACCAACGCCACGAUGGUUACGGCUACGACCAUGGCUUCCGUCAGUAGCACCCCGUGCACGACUCCGGGCCUGCUGUCGGUGAUGAUGGGCGAAGAGCCGAGCCUGGAGCCAACGCAGGAGGAGACGAACGAUUCGGUUGACAGUCUGCCCACGAUGAAGAUGUCCUCGCUGGCCGAUUCGCGCAACAUCAUGAAGCUCAAAAUCAAGGGACCGUUGGCGCACCUCGACAGCGGUUCAUCGUCGUCCUCGGUGACCAUCGUAUCGCAAUCGCAAUCACUCGGCGGUGGCGGCAACGGUGGCAGCGUUAUUGCGGCAGGUCUCGGUGGUGCCAUCAGCGGCCCGCUGAUGGUUGGUUCCGCAGGGAUCGGACCGGUCGGGGCCGGUGUUGGUGUCGGUGCGGUGAGCGGUAUCGGUGGCAUUCCGGCGGGAGCGGCAGCUGCAGGCGGGUCGGCCGGGUCGUCCAAUUUGCGGCGAAUGCGCAAAAAGGAACUGCUGCGCCAGUACUGCAACCAGGACCAGAAUCAGGACGACCAGACGGCCAUGCUACAUCAGGCGGGCGAUGGGCACCACCAUCACCACCACCAUCACCAUCACAUGAUGGCCCAGGGGAUGGGCCUCGGGGGCACGCUGGGCGGGCACAAUAAUCGUACCACGGUCGGCUUUCCGAAAGCGGUCGAAUCGCUCGGUACCAUGCCGACGAAGGACGACUACCAAGAGUACGGCGGUAUCCACCGGAAGAAGCUGUCUUCGAACGCGUCGCGCGAGCUGCGCCAACUGGCCACGGCCACCCAGCCAUCCGGUGGUGAGCUUCUGCAUCACGAUGUGCUGAUGGACCGGAGGCGCGGUAGCGUCGGUUCGGCAGCGGCCGCUGCUGGCGGAACGGGCGGAUUGAACCUGGUCGGGUCCGUCGACCCGAUCGGAGCUGCCGGUGCCUCUGGCAAGCGUCGAUCUCGCAACAAUCGGGCGGGUGGUGUUUCGGGCGGUGCAACGAGUGCGAUCGUGACCACCGUCGUGGGUCAGCAGGUAUCGGCACAGCAAGCGCCAAAGCUGAAGAUCAAACUCGGCUCGUCCAUCGGCAUGCUGGACGCGUCUGGCGCCGGUGGAAACGGUGGCGGAGUGUACGGGUUUGGUACCACCGCCGGAAGCAGCAGUCGACCGCCGAAGAAGCGGCUGGCGAGCAGUGUGCCGCCACCGAGCUUGGAAGACCUGAAGCGCGAGUACAUGAUGUUCGCGGAAACGAUGAACUUUGAGGAUGACUUUGAGGCGGGUGGCAGCGGUGGUGCUGGUGCUAGUGGGACGUCCACCGCCACCGGUCCGUUACAUGACGAGGCCAGCGGUGGGGACGAGGAGGAACCGAAGGCGAAGAAACACAAGCACAAGGACAAGGAGCGCGACCGGGAGCACAAGAAGCGCAAGAAGGAGAAAAAACACAAGCGCGAUAAGGGCGAGAAGCAACAGAAGGUGGAAAUCAUAUCGGCGGCCACUGGCGAGGAGGGGGGCGGGUCGCAGGCGCUGCAAUCCGCACCACGGAUCGUGAUUCGGCUGGGCGUGAAGAAGCCGCCGACGCAGCAUUCGGAAGAGUCGUCAUCCUCGUCGAACGUAGGUUCCCAAACGCCCGAGCAGCGAUCGCAGCAGCGAUCCCGACCACCAUCGGUGGGUGGAGGAGGGACAACAACGAUAAUCGAUGCGGCGGGUGGCAACAGUCGACAGCAGCAGCAGCAGUCCUCUUCAUCGCCAGAAACGGAUCCACUUGCGAUCGAUCUCGCGGCGAUCCAUAACACGAGCCCAGCUAGUGAACGGAUCGCAGCAGCGGCGGCGGCUCAAGCUGCCCCGGUGGAAAAGCCUCUAAUCACCCCGAUUCGACUAAAGCUGGCACGCAAUUCGUCCGGCGGUGGGUACGUGAUGUCGUCCAAGAACAGCUCCGGCAGCGGUUCGGAACGAUCUCCGCUUCCGAACGUCACUCCACCGCCGGUGCCCGGUUCGGUUGGUCCAAGCCCCUGUCGGCCGGGCAUAUCACCAUCGACCGAAACGCUGGGUAAAAAUAGUCUUGCCGGAACGGAUGUCCAUGGCUCACUCGAUCUAACAUCAUCGGCCGCAGCAGCAUCGGCCGCGAGUAGGAACAUGAUCGAUCACCUGCUGUCGGUCGCCAACAUGGCAAUGGCAGCCUCGCCGAGCAACGCCAAUAACUCGCUCGAUCGGCAGGGCAGCUAUCAGAACACCACGUACGGCGCUGGUAGAAGCAGCGCUACCGGUAAUACCAGCAUCAACCCAUCGAAGGAGUUGGCAGCAACGGCCGCCGAUGCAGCCAUGUCGUUCAAAAGUCUGCUCGACUACGCGUCGGCUAACACGUGCAGCAACUUUGGCAGUAUCGCCGGUGGUACGGUGCCAGCCGGUGCAAGCCUGUUUCCCAACACCGGCAGCAGCAGCAGCAGCAGCAGCAGUGGCACCCAGCAGCAACAGUUAUCGUUCAGUCAAUCCUCUGUCUCAAUGCUCACAGCAUUGGCCGGACCUCCAGCAGUCGCACCACAGCACCAUCCAACCCAGCAACCACCACAUCUCCAUCUUCAGCAGCAGCAGCAGCAGCAGCAAUCCCAACAACCAUCGCAGCAACCAUUGGUGGCGACGACCAACAGCAAUGCAACAGCAACCGCAACCGCAACUGCUGCCAGUAAUAGCGCGCAGAAGGACUGUGAGGUGCGAUGA